GAAGGACAGCUACAUUCUUGUGUGUGGACUGACGCUAGAGCUACACAACACAAGAUGGAAGAUAUCCGAGGUAAAAAGUGGCCAAAUGUGGCAGCUAUUGGUCCCGCUAAUGACUGCAGUGUUGCCAUCAAGAACAUCACCUCUGACUUGUAUGGCAACAUGACUUGCCACGCCUCAGAUGGCAACGCCACCGUACUGCUGGCAACCGUCAACCUCUCCGUUAUCAAGCCGCCGCGUCUCGUCGAGGCUGAGAACGUAUCCUUUGGGGAGGUUGUGGCCACGAUGCACGUGGACGCUUCGGUGCUCGUAUCUUCAUCGUAUCCUACGGUGAUGGCGUGCGCUGCUGCUGAUCCUGCUGCUGCUCUCACGUGGAUGCUUGACCACCGUAACAUCAACCAGCACGCCCGGCAACGCAACCAUGCCGCGGGUGUGAAAUCAGUGCUGCGCCAUCAGUUCAAGAAGGAGGACGAGCAACGUUCCCUGCAGUGCUGCCUGUCGUCAUGCUUUAAAAUCUUCUGCGCCUCUGCCACCGUUCGCAGUCUCCACAGCGCCCGUGGCUUCACUUCAGAGUAUCCACACGACGGUGGAGUUCUGGUGAGGUUCUUCAGCAAUCCCGAGCCCACCGCCCUGUUGUGGGGAUUUUCCCCCUCAUGUGACAUGCCCCCCGAGAACCUGGACCCCAGUGGGGACCCGAACAUCACCUCAACCCUGACUCACGACUCGGGGAGUGCGUAUGUGGCCAGGCUAGUGGUGCCUAAUCCUCCCGAAGGGGAGAAGCUGCUGCUCACGGUCACCAACAGCGAGGGGAAUUCUACUCACUGCACUACCUACCUCCCCACAGGUCUAGGCAGUGGAGCCAUCAUCGGCAUCUCGGUGGCCGCCGCCACGACGGCCGUCUUGGUAGCGCUGGCGCUCUUCAUCUUCUUACGCACGCGCGUCGCCGGCCGCAGUACCUAAAAUGGCGUGGCGGCCCCGGUGAAACUGCGCGGUAUCUGAGUUGGAACUGCGCGACAAC